AGAAGAAAGUGAAUGUGAUGUUGAUAUGUUUUCUUUCCUUCAUAAUUUUAAAUCAUUUCCAAUCAAAAUAUGGAAAAUUAUUCUAUAUCAAAAUAAAAUUAGAAUUGCUAAUGAAAGUAGGCUAUUCUCAAGUAUAUCCCAUUCAAAUUACGGACACAGGAUGAGAGGGACGUCAAAAUUCAGUUUCACUGACUAUGAUUGUAUAGGAUUUGAUUUGGAUAAUACACUAGCUCGAUACAAAGUAGGAAAUAUGAUAGAAAUGGAGUACAGCAUAGUUUCAAAUUAUUUGGUUAAGAAGAAAGGUUACUCAGACAAAUUUUUGUUGCAACCUCUAGAUCAUAAUUUCAUUAUGAAGGGGCUGAUAGUGGAUGAUGAAAAUGGAAAUCUGAUCAGAAUAUCUCCUGAUGGCAAAAUUCUUCAAGCAACACAUGGAACCAAGUGGUUGAGCGAUGAAGAAAUUUUGAGAUAUUACCCAAAUCGUCACUGGAAAGCAACCGAUUUGUUUGUGGAAGAUCCUCUCCAAACAUGGAAUGGUCCGUACUCUGAGAGAAUGAGAACAUUAUUAGACUACUUUGAUAUAGUUAUAAGUUUAGCAUUCGCUAGAGCAGUUGAUUCUUUGGACGCUAAUGGUGGAAAUAAAAAAGUUUAUGAAAUUUGGCCAGACCUUCUCGAUUCUUUAAUUUAUAUGUUUAAUAGGGAUCAUUUCAAGAAGAAUAUUGGCGAGUACUUUCCUGAAGUCAAGAAGAAUCCUGAAAAUUAUUACUACAAGUGUAGUGAGAAUUUGAUUAAUUGGCUACAGACAUUGAAGAAUAAUGGAAAGCGCUUAUUUCUCAUCACUGGAGCACAUGUAGAUUUUGCUUCACUGACAGCAUCUAAUACGUUAGGUGCUAAUUGGAGAGAUUAUUUUGAUAUUGUUGUUUGUUACUCCAAGAAACCAGGGUUUUUCACAAUGAAAAGGGAUUUUAUCGGUUUGGAUGGUUUGCAUGAAACAGGUCCUGUGGCUUUGGAGGAUUUACAAGUAGGAGGUAUUUACACUCACGGGAACUGGAACGAUCUGAAAAUGUUCAUGAAGAAAGUUUCGUACUUGGAGGAUCCUAAAAUUCUGUAUAUAGGCGAUAAUUUGGUUCAAGAUAUCUAUACUCCAAAUGUUCAUUCCAAAGUUGAUACUGUCGCUGUAUGUGAAGAGUUGGAAGCAGAAAGGACUCACGGGUUUGCUGAAAAGUGGCAUCCAGAUGAACAGUUUUUAUGUUCGAGUAUAUGGGGGUCAUAUUUUCAUUGUAAAGAUAAGAAUAUGAUCACUAAUUGGUAUCACAUAAUGAAAACUCAUUCACGAAUGUGUGUUCCAAGUUUAGAAUAUUUAGCUAGUUUUCCAGUGAAUCACACAUUUGAAGAGGUUAACUGAAUUGUCAUGUUGUACAUAGAAGUAUUUAUAUAAUUGUAGUUUAAGGAUAUACAUUACAAAGAUUUAUGUGUUA